AUGUGUGUGCAGGUGACAAUUUAUGGACUAAAAAUCUGUGCCUUGCUUGACUCCGGGGCACAAAGGAAUGUGCUUUCUCUCCAUUGUUACAACAACUUACCUGCAAAAGCCAGACCCCCUAUCCAACCAUCAACUGCAGAGGUCCUGCAGGGCGUUGGGCCGGGAAGCCUGGUGGUCCUGGGAGAAAUCACUACUCCAGUCCUCAUCGGAAACCAUGUGACUAAUGUGAUCUUCAUCAUGGCUGACACAGUUGAGAACAUUGACGUUAUCCUGGGGCAUCCUUUCCUGCUACAGGCACAGGCCUGCCUGGAUUAUGGCCACGGGAAAGUCACCCUCUUCGUAAAAUAUACACCCCGUGUUGUCACCAGUUCAGGACCUGAGGUGCACCUCGUCAAAGUGGCACGCAGGACCGUGCUGGAGCCAGGGUUUGAGUACAUUGUGCCUGGCACCACACACUUCUACCCCAUUGCUGCUGGUGAGCUCAUGCUAAGCCCUGCGAAGAGCAUCGUUAAAAGACACCAUGUGCUUGUAGCCCGUGCGGUUGUGCAGGCACGGCAGGCAGCUGGUAUCCCCAUCAGAGUUUUCAACCCCGGCGCCACACCCAUCACAUUAAAAAGAGGGACUGUUGCUGGUGUCCUCCAGCCCGCCAACGUAGUAGAGGAGGCAGGUCCCUGCCCCUCCAAAGUCACAGCAGCCCCUGAUCACGUCCCCAACCACCUGCAGACACUGUAUGCUGAGAGCUGUGCGAACCUGCCGGAAGAGGACCACUGGAGACUGGCUAAACUGCUAACAUCUUACAGCGAUGUUUUCUCCACUGGGCCCACCAACCUAGGCCGCACCAGCCUCGUCAAGCAUGACAUCCUGACCACACCAGGGCCUCCAAUCAAGCAGCAACCCCGCAGAAUGGCCCAAGAUAAGCAGGUUGCAGCAGACCAGCAGUUGCAACAGAGCCUAGAGGUGGGCGUCGCACAGUCCAGCAACAGCAGCUGGGCAGCACCGAUUGUCAUGGUGCGGAAAAAAGACCAAAGCCCAUGCCUGUGUGGGGACUACAGAUCCUUAAAUGAGCGCACCAUCAAAGGUGCAUACCCCCUGCCAUGCAUACAGGACACUUUAGACACAUUAUCCACUGCCAGGUAUGUCACUACGCUGGACUUGACAUCAGGGUACUGGCAGGUGGAGAUGACCCCAGGGCCCGGAAAGCCGCCACCUUCUGUACCCACAAGGGGCUCUUUGAGUGGAAUGUGAUGUCGUUUGGACUCUGUAAUGCACCGGCCACAUUCCAGUGGCUCAUGGACAGAGUCCUGGUGGGGCUACAAUGGGAAACAUGUCUCGUCUACCUGGACGACAUCAUCGUCCUGGGGAAGGACAUCACUCAGAUGAUAGAGCGGCUCCACCAGGUGUUCAGAGGGCUCUGUGAAGCCAACUUAAAACUGAAACCAGCAAAGUGCUGUCUGUUUUGAGAACAGGUUACUUACCUCGGACACAUUGUCUCCGCCAGGGGAAUUGCCACCACCCAGAGAAGUUGAGGAAAGUGGCAGAGUGGCCCAUACCCCAGAACAUGACAGAGGUGCACCAGUUCAUCGGUUUGGCGUCUUACUACCGGUGCUUCGUGGAAGGUUUUGCCACCAUAGCCAAGCCACUGCAUGAACUCACAAAGAAGUAUGCACGCUUUCACUAGACAGCCGAGUGUCAGGGUGUGUGCGAACUAAAAAAAAGACUCACAUUAGCGCCUGUUCUUGGCUACCCCCUCGACAGUGGUGAGUUCUUCCUGGAUACUGAUGCAAGCGACUGGGGAAUAGGGGCUGUUCUUUCCCAGUUGCAAGGGGGAGAGGAGAAAGUUCUGGUGUAUUGCAGCAGAAGGCUGUCAUCCACAGAACAAAACUACUGCACUACCAGAUGUGAGCUCCUGGCAGUAGUAGAGUUCACCUCCCAUUUCAGACAGUACCUACUAGGACCACCAUUCACUGUACGAACCAACCACAGCAGCCUACGCUGGCUGACCAGGCUAAGGGAGCCGGAAGGGCAGCUGGCUCGUUGGUUAGAGAAACUGGCAGAGUAUGACUUCCAGGUGUUACACCAUCCUGGAAGACACGAACAGAAUGCCGAUGCACUUCCCAGGAGGCCAUGUAGUGCUUCAUGCCCCUGCACUGCAACACAGCCCAGCCCCAGCAGUGAACGGUGUCAUGACAAAGGAGUGCAGUGCAGCCUAACAGACACCCCAGCUGCAGAGGCCCUCAUCACAAUACCCCCAGAGCAACCUCUAGUGGGGGUAGUUAACACCCACAAAAGUGAUGACCACAACCACACCUCGUCUCAUCCCAGUAUUAACAGGGUGAGUGAAUCUCCACAGUCCAAUCUGUUCAGUGGGUGGACCCAUGAGCAAAUGAGAGCUGCACAAAUGACUGAUCCAGACCUGGCACCUGUGUGGCGGUUGUUUGAGGAAGGGGUUGGGCGACCUGUUUGGACUGACAUAGCACACUGUAGCCCUGCCACCAAAGCUUAUUGGGCACAGUGGAAAAGGCUUUACCAAAGAGAUGGAACUCUAAUGAGAAAGUUCUAUAGCAGUGAUGGAAAAGUGUUCUAUCUCCAGAUCCUGCUGCUCAAGGCUUAUCGCACCGCUGUGAUGGAGCAGAUGCAUGAUGGUCCUGUUGGCGGCCAUUUUGGGGUGGAGAGGACCCUUGUGUGCCUUCAGACAAGGUAUUACUGGCAUAACAUGAAGGACGACGUCACAUUGUGGUGCCGCACCUGCACCAAAUGUGCUGCCAAAGAUUGCCCGAAGAAAACCCCCCAAGCAGCUAUGGGUUCAGUUAAAGUGGGUGCCCCCAUGGAAAGGAUUGCUGUCGACUUAAUGGGCCCACUAAACGAGACUGAUGCCAGUUAUAAAUCUAAGGACUUCGAGAAGAUUUGGAAAAGACCCCUGGAAAACUAUCAGCUCACACCUGCCUUUAAAUGAUAAUGAGCUGUGUGUAACCAUGCUCUUCCUCCCCAAGGCCAUUUUGAGCUGCCAGCACCGCCGCAGUGGUCCAGGAGUGGUGGUCUGGAGAUCUACUGAGGACCUCCUCAGAGGACCUCCAGACCACCAUGACUGGAAGCACCAGCCUGCCUCCCCAGCCUGAGGAACACCUGCUGCUCACAGGAAUAAAAGUAUAUAGAAGCAAGUCCGAAGAUAAUACCAACGAUGGUAAACACACGCAGUUACAGCCAAAGCACUAGUCAUAAGGGCGGCGGUAAAGCAAUAUAAAUUGGUAAAACUUACAGCUUCCAUGUUUGAAGUUGGGUCCCUGACAUGGACAGUUGAUACGGAUCCAGGUUUUAUCUUCAGCUUCUUAGUGAAUCCUGCUUUGAACUGCCCCUCGAUGAUAAAACAGUUUGUGGUGAAAUGGUUAGCACACACAUACAACAUUUUCAGAGUUGUUGUGGGUACAUUUCCAAAAUGGUAGACGCUACCUCAGCAAAGAAGUUUUAGAGAAGACGUUUUUAUGGAUUAUCGGGGGCGCUGCCACUAACAUGUAGUUCUGUAACCAUAAUUGCACAGCUUUUCCAUCUGCUCGUUUGCGCUCAUAUUUUCACAAAGGAGGGGAGAGCAAAAGAGGAGGGGGGGGGGGGGGGCAGCUUCGAGGGGAUGCAUAUUAUUAGUAGAAAACCACCCAUAAGUGCAUUUUUUAUUAGAGGGGACCUUUAAGUAAAUUUGGAGCUUGACUAGAGUCACAGCGGAGUCACAGCAUGCUCCUGUCAUCUCGAUUGCUAAGUUUAAGCCAUAGACUGUAUAUAGAAUGGACGGAGUCUGCCUCCUUGCUGGGUGAAGCCACUCUGAGAACAGCACCCUCUGUUGAUGGGCUGCAGUAUAGGUCAUAAAUCCCACCACCGCCAGCAAAGCUUAUGGAGCUGUGGACAAACUUUUGAUAUUUAUUACACAGAACAUAAAUUUUUCUCCCCCCUGCUUGUGAUGUUGACAUGUAGUUACAGUAAGACUGGUUUGUGCUCAUGUCCUCUUUUUUCUGUACAGCUCCGUUUUUAAAAGUUAUUAGGGGGUUUAUGUUUUCUAUGAUUGACACCUGAUACAGCCUAUGGGCGUUCAGGGAUUGCGUAGCUCACCCGGGGGAUAUGCUGUUUGAACCGGGUGUCAAUCACAGCUACUCUCGGCGACUGCGCACCCAAAUGCGCACAUCGCUACUGCGCAGCGCUGGUUUCAGGAAAUUAAGAAAAAUCCCGGAAAUAUCAAGAACUAUUUGGCUUCAAAUCCUUAUACAGGCGGUAGGCAGAAACAAGUUGUCCAUAGUAUAUACAGUUUAUGGUUUAAGCUGGUAAGCUGCGCUGUUUUAUAUCAGUCUUAUAUCGUAACACAACCAGCAACAUGAGCUCUGACAAAUGAAACCUGACAGUCAAAACAAGAAGAACAAGCAAAUAUGAAGAAUUACUGGCGAUAAAAAAGGAGUGGAUAGUAGAGCUGUGGACAGAUCAGCCUUGCCUAUUCAACAUCAACUGCAGGAUUUCUUCUACAUGUCAUGGUACAUCACCACUGCUAAAUAAAAGCUGCCACACCUCAACAAUAAUUUUUUUUACACACUACCUUGGACUCAGUAUGUAUCAGUGCGGCGCACACAGGCUGCACCACGAGGCGCGUGUUCAGAGUAUUAGCAUUAGCGAGUUCAGAGUUGUCGUAUGCGAACACACAGCUGAUAAAUGAGCUGCCCCCAAAAGUCACACACCACCACAAAUAGAUUCCACACCAGUGGGAAACACUGAACUGUCAAAAAAUGCUAAAAGAAUACAGUUGUAGUCUUGUAAAUAGUGACCCUGCAAGAUUCACAGUCUUUGUAAAUUCUUGGUCUGACUAGGCUGUGACUAAAAACUCUAGACACUUCUCUUUAGAUGUGAGCAGGUGUAAGCUGAUAGUUUUCCAGAAGUCUUUCCCAAAUCUUCUCAAAGUCCUCUGGUGGAUAGCUGGCCUUAGGCAGGAUUCAUUUGACAAUGCAUGAGAUUGGGACAGGAGAUGCUAAGCCUGUCAAGAUGAAUUUGUGCAGGGUUCCCCUCCAUCUACAACAGGAAGUAUCCAAUAAUUUAAAGCAAAUGCUUGCCAGUGGCAUCAUCAGUCCUUCUUGUAGUAUGUGCGUAGCACCUGUGGUGCUUGUGAAAAAGAUCCAAGGCAGGCUUUGCUUCCGUGUUGACUAUAGGAAACUCAAUGAUGUCACUAGAAAGGAUGCAUAUCCCUUGCCAAGGAUUGAUUAUAGUUGAAUGAUGUUCAUUAUGUCUUCGGUUUUUCAGAAAAUAGUUUUCUUUUUUCUUUUAUCCCAGGCAUGUAAUCUUUUUUUAUGUAACUUGACAUGUUUUAGUGGAAACUUCCGCCUUCCUCAGAAAUGUCACUUGGUGGUAGGUGUGACAUGUCAUAUUAGCUAGUGUUACAGUGGCAUGACCCUCCUGUCAAUUUUGACAGGGGGGGUCACGCCUCCCGCUGUCUGUUUGCCUCUGCAAGAUGCUGCUUCAGGUGUGUGAGGGUGUGUAUGCCCCCUCAUCCCUGUUCAUCGUCCCCGGGCCCCAUUGUAUGAGGUAGGUUGGUGAGGAUUCCGCUAUGUCCCAAAUCCAGGUUGUGCUGCCCAAUUUAAUCAGCUUUCAACUUUAAACUUUCAACUUUAUUGAUUGUCCCAUUAUGGGCGAUUUGUUGUACAACAGAUAAGAUCAUAGCGUACAUAAAGAGAAACAUGCAGGAGAUAUUACAGUAUGCAGUACAUUAGCCGGACAGUUAAAAACUCACCGAGUGCACAGAUCAAGGUGCAAGGAGUGAGGAUACCACUUGUAAAGGAGGUAGGUAAUAAUAAAUAUAAUAAAUAAGUAAAAGGCACUGAUCAGCAUAUAUACAGUGACCUGUGCAAGUAGAAAAGAGUCAUAGGCUCUGAAAGCAUAUAUACAGCAACCUAUGUAUGAAAGGUUAAGAACAAAAGAAAAUUAGAAUCUGGUCCAUAAGUGCAGCAGCCUAUAAUACACAAGAGUAGGUCAGCUACCUUGGUACAUGCUACCUCCUCUUCGACACAAAGGAAUUCUUAUAUCUGUUUUUGGUAGCUGGAGGAGCAACUAGGCGGAGACUAGAAGGAAGCAAUUUAUACUCAUAAUUGAGGGGAUGUGUAGCAUCAUUUCGGAUGGACUUUAUUUGGUUAAGCAUCCUAGAAUUAAAAACAUCAUCCAGGCUGUUGAACGUAACCCCUGCAACUUUGGAGGCAGUUUUCACUAUACUCAUGAGUGAGUUUUUGUUCUUGACAGAGAGAUUACCGUACCAACAGAUGAUACCAAAGGAAAUGACAGACUCAAUAAAGGCGCUGUAAAACAUUUUCAUCAGAUUUUUGUCGACUUGGAAUCUAGCAAGCUUUCUGAGACAGAAGAGAUGUUGCUGACCUUUUUUACAAAGCAUUUCACAGUUUUUGUCAAACCUAAGCUUGUUAUCAAUAAUAGUGCCAAGGUAUUUGUAGCUGUCCACUACUUCAACUUGUUGGUUAUAAAUGACACUACCAUGAGGGGCAGCAGACCCGUGUCUAAAAUCAAUGUUGAGCUCCUUAGUUUCUUCAGCAUUGAUAAGGAGGAAAGACUUGUCACAGACAGGUAAAAAAUCAUCAAGAACAGGGCCGUAACUGGCUUCAUCAUCACGGAGCAGGCUGACGAUGACGGUGUCGUCUGUGUACUUUAUGAUGAAUCUGUCAGUGUGAUGGUUACGACAGUCAUUUGUAUACAAAAUAAAAAGAAGUGCAGACAGUACACAACCUUGGGGAGAUCCAGUACAGGAAGGUAGAGAACAUGACAGUGUUUCAUUUACCCUUACUUGUUGCGACCUAUUAAUAAGGAAGUCUAAAAUCCAACCCACAAGACAUACGUCAAGUUCAAGGUGAUGUUCAAGUUUGUUGGCUAAUACAUGAGGCCGGAUCGUGUUGAAAGCGGAAGAGAAGUCGACGAACAAUAGUCUAGCAUGUGUCUUACUCUCCUCCAGGUGCUUACACACAAGAUUAAGUAAGGUAGCUGUGGCAUCUUGUACUCCUCUAUUUUCUCUAUAUGCGAAUUGGAGAGGGUCUAAUAGAUGCUUGGUUUUUGCUAGUAUUUCUGUUUUGACUAGCUUUUCAAACUGCUUCAUUACAGUGGAGGUCAAGGCCACAGGCCGAAAAUCAUUUAAUGUGGUGGGUUUGUUUAUUUUGGCAACGGGCACCACGGUUGCCUGUUUCCACACAGAUGGCACCUUCUGAAGUGAGAGACACAUUUUAAAAAUAAAACUAUAAAUAGGGCUGAGUUGCUCGGCACAAAGUUUCAGCACACGACCACACAACCCACUGGGGGGGCUUGGCUUACCUGCCGCAGAAAGCGUUUCUUUAAUUCAUCAUGUUUUUCACUAUUAUCUUGCGUAUCAAAUCAUAAAUAAAAAUUAUUAAGGCUCUGAGCCAGAUCUAGGUCUGUGUUGUACCCCGAGAGCUCAAUUUUCUUAUGUGUACAUUCUUUGACCCCGGUGAUAGUUUUCAUGCUAUCCCAUACUGAACUGAGGUUGUUGGUUUUGAGCUGACUCUCAAUUUUGUCCUUGUAUUGUUUUUUGCAAGCUCUAAUCUCACAUUUGAUCUCCCUCUGCAGAUUGUGCAGGGCUACUCUAUUCCAUUCUCUGAAGGCUUUUUUCUUUUUGUACAGAAGGUCUUUAAGAGAAUUGGAAACCCAAGGUUUAGUAUUCUGAUAUAUAUUUACAGUUUUGAUGGGUACGACAUGCUCUUCACAGUAAGAAACCCAGCUGCUCACCACAUCAUUAGUUCAUCUAUAUCAUCAGAAGACUCCUUUAACAUUUCCCAGUCAGUAGAGUCCAGGCAACCCUGUAAAGUGAGACAGGCAUCAUCAUUCCAGGAUUUCACUUGGACACUUUGCACUAUGCCUCGCUUCAAAGCAGUCCGGUACACCGGGAUAAGGGGGAUGCAGUUGUGGUUGGAGGAGCCAAGGGGCGGGAGAGGGAUGAAUUUGUAGGCCCCUUUAAUAUUGCCAUAACAGAGGUCGAUGGUCUUGUUGUGUCUGGUGGGGCAUAUGAUGUACUGGUGGAAGUCUCUCAGCGUGGUUUUAAGUGUCACAUGAUUAAUAUCGCCCAUAAUAAUAUGAGGUGCUUCUGGGGAAACAGCCUGAAGACUCUGUGUGACUUGAUAGAUAAUAUCACAGGCGUUUCUUACAUUAGCCCUCAGGUGGAUGUACACGACAGUCACAAAUAUCUGGGGGAACUCCAGGGGCAGAUAUGGGGGGUGUAAUGAAACAGAGAGUAGUUCAAUGUCUUCAGUACAUAAUUUCUCCUGGACAGUAACAGAUUUACACCAUCGCUGAUUUAUGUACAUGCACACACCCCACCAGAAGACUUGCCUGUGGCAGCCGUGUCUCGGUUUAGCCAUAUGGGUGGUCCAAACCCCUCCAUCUCCAUGUCCACAUCAGUGUCCCUGUCCGACAGCCAGGUCUCCGAGAAGGCGAGGAUGCAGGCGUCCUUAAAGUCGUGACUGUGGCGAGUAAGGGCUUGUAG